UCGCUACAUUCGGACGCUGAGUGAAAACGAGAAAAACAUGGACUCGGAGUAUAUAAAAAGACAUCUUGGAAAAUGUCUGGCAGAGGGACUGGCUGAAGUGGCCGAGCAGCGCCCUGUGGACCCCAUCCUGUAUCUGGCACACUGGCUUUACAAGUACAAUGAAAAUGUUGAAUAUGAGGCAGAGAAAAAGGCCCAUUUGGCUCUCCUGGAGCAGGAGCAGGCGAAAGCCAGAGAGGAGGCAUUGUACCAGGAGAAGCUGAGGGAGGAGGAGCAAAAGAUCAGUGAGGCCUUGGAAGAGUCUAAAAAAGUGGUUGAUCAGGCUGACACCACUGAACCUGAGCAGACUGAACCACACUCGACACCUGACAGACACCAAGACGCUGAUGAUUUAAAAACAGACGAAACAGAGGAGCCACACGACAAACAAAGCCCUCGUUCCCCUGGCCCUCGAGACCCAGAGAAGAGGGUUGAUGAAGACGAAACUGAUAAACCUGCAGAUUCCUUCCCUGUAGAGUCAGCCUCAGCACCACAGAGUGACGAUCUCACACCAGAGGAGAGAUUUUCUACUGAACAACAGGCGACAAAAACCGAGCAGGAGACACACAAAUCAAGUUCUCCUCCUCUUCAGGACCAGGAAAAGGAGGCAGACGGGCAACACACAAGUGAGACCACUGAUAGUUCGGCUUUGGCUGAGAGUGACAAAACAGUAGAGGGGACAGUGUUGAAUGAAAGACCAGAGACUUCACAAGGGGAACAUGAAAGGUCUCCUUCUGACAAGGAAGACUCCAAGGAGCAGGGAGAAGAAAAAGAAGACAGCCACACAUGAUCAAGUCAGUGUUUUUCUGGCAGCGUUUACAUAGGUUUGAAUAAAUUUAUAGCUUCA